AUGCCCUCCACCACCAUCAGCCAAGCCCGGCGACACGCGAUACGCAGAGGGGGAGGAGGAGGAGGGAAGAGCAAACACAGAUGCCGCCCACGCGUCUGCUGCACGAACGUCUGCAUCGCCAUCUUCGCCCUCCUCGUUGUGACCAUCCCGCCCAUCUUCCUCCUCGUGCUCCGACCAUACCACCGAGCCAUUGCGUACGAGAAUGCGUACUUUGAAGAACUGCAGCGUCUCGACGAGCUUGAGGAGCAAUGGCAACGACACCGUCCCGACGACAACCACCCCCAGCCCGACACCCCACGCCGACCCCCCGCCUACAACAACCGGACGCUGCCCCUCGUCCACGACAUACCGCAGCUGACGAGCUGGGAUUUCGAGGAGCAGUUGGAGCUGAACGCUGAUGGGACGGCGAGGCGGCCGGACCGCGAGGUCUGGAUCUACGUCGGGGGCAGCCCUACGAACGACAACUUGCUCGACCGGCUCAGCUUAUACCGCAAGCCCAACGGGAGCUGUGUGGCCUCGGCAGAUAUAUGUGCGGCGUACAACGAAGGCUUCAACACCCUGAUCGAGCAUUACCACGUCGAUCGAGGGAUCGACCACGGGGGAAAACGGACCUCCUCGAACGCCUUUUUCACCUUCAUGGAUUGUGAUGUCAGUCCCGUGCUCUGCGGCAUGUCUAGACAACGCCCGGUCGCGUUGUUGCAUCUGAAGACGAUGCAGCCAUGCCGGAUGGGUCGCGACCUCGCGUCGGAUUCGGUAACAUGGUCGUGUAGUGUGCGCUGGAGCAGCGUUGGCUUGCCGCUGGUGAGGAUGCCGUUCAAGAAGUCACGGGUGAUCGCGGGACAUGUGGUGCCGGUCUUUCCGACUGCCUAUGAGCAGAUGCACGCUAUGGUGUCGUGGGAUGGAAGCCUCGAAGGAAUCGGGGCCUUCGAGGACGGCUACGAUGGGGUUGUGGAAGUGAUGGUAGACCUUGGAGACGAAGCAGAGUAA